AUGGGUCUCACCGAAACAUACGUCUACAUAUGCCUACGAACCCCUCCUCCUGACCCAAAGCCACGCUGGUUUAUACUCCGCCGUAGAGAAACCCUAGACGCCUCUGUUUUGAUGCCGAUACCUUCGCUCCCCUCUCAGCCUCCGGAAGCAUCCUCCGUGGUGGUGCUGGGUUGGUUUAUAUAUGUAAUCGGUGGAUCUUUUAAGGAGAAGACGCGCACUUCUGAUGUCUGGCUCUUGGAUUGUCGGACUCACACGUGGAGCCACGUCCCUUAUUCCAUGGGGGUGGCUCGAGCUAACGCGGCUGCUAGAGUCGUAGACGGGAAGAUUUACGUGAUAGGAGGCUGCGAUGUUUUUAACCCAAACACGUGGGGAGAGGUAUUCGACCCAAAGACUCAAACUUGGAGUUUUUUGCCGCCGUUGCCCUUGCCGCUAAUGAAGGGAGGCAAUAAGAAUAUACACGACAGUGUGGUGAUGGAUCAAAAGAUUUACGUAGUUGAUGGAAAUCACAGAACCUAUUUCUACUCGCCAAGCAAAGGUUAUUGGGGAAGAGGCAAUCGUGGUCAAGUGUCGAGAAGCCGAAGGGAUUGGUGUAUGAUUGAAUUGAUUAAUAGGAUUUACUUUCUUACUAACGACGGGACUAUAUUUUUCUGUGAGCAGGAUGAGUUGUAUUGGCCUGGGCGAGAGGGGAUUAUGAUGGAUACAAAAGAGGUCAAGGGUUUGGGCUCUCUCAACGAGACUCUCUUUCGUUCCAGAGUGGUCCACUUUGGUCAGCUGUUGCUUGAUCGGUGGGAGAGAGUGAUGUACAACUUUGGUGGUACAAUCCACGAGUUGGAAGAUAUAUAUCCCGGGGCCAGACUGAUCAACUUUGGUGGGAACAUUGGGCUCUUCUGGGACGUCAUCAAGGGAGAUCAUCUUGAGAUUUGGGGCAAUAUCGAGUGGUCUAACGCUGUCAUGACCGUAGAUAAUUUCUUAGAUCGUUACAAAUCAAAUAUUCGCCAAGAUUGCUAA